AGGUUGCCGCGGGGGUGGGAAUGAAAAGAACAGACCGAAGAGGCGACCCUUACGCUCGGGCCACUAACGUCAGUCAUCGUUCCGUCGAUAUACGUGCUGCGCUUCUCGCCGCGGGUUCACGCGCGGAGUUCGAUCGCGUGACCACCGCUCGUGGCAAACCGUUAGACGGCUCGGAUCGAAAAUUCUUCGUGAUCUCGAGAAGUCAUCGCUGUCCACGUGCUCGCGAUUUCAACGACGUCGGUCCGCGCGCGGUAGACGUUCACGUUCUCUCGCAAAUAAUAAUUUCAUGCUCGUCGGAAUCGAACCCAAGUGACGAGUUUAUCCUAUCUUCUAUUAGGGGUGGAUUUUACUUUCGAUAAAGGGUAGGACUAACUUCUGACAAGAUGAUGAAGUUCAAGCAACAGGGGCUGGUCGCAGACCUGAUGCCCAACAUAAAACUGAUGAAAGCGUUCGGACACUUCAUGUUCAAUUAUUACGAAGACGGUUCCUCCAAGCAUAUUCACAAAAUCUUCUGUAUCAUACACUUGGUCUUAGUGCUCAUGCAGUUCGGAUUCUGCGGUAUAAAUCUGAUGCUGGAAGCCGACGACGUCGACGUAUUGACUGCUAACACGAUCACGUUAUUGUUCUUCACGCACAGCGUGGUCAAGUUGAUUUAUUUCGCGGUCAGGAGCAAACUGUUCUACAGGACCCUCGGCAUUUGGAACAACCCGAACAGCCAUCCGCUGUUCGCCGAGAGCAACGCGCGUUAUCAUCAAGUAGCUAUCAAGAAGAUGAGGAUACUUCUAAUGGCAGUAAUGGGAGCUACGUGUCUCACGGCCAUCUCUUGGACCACUCUCACGUUCAUCGAGGAUCCGGUGAGGACUAUCAUCGAUAAGGAGACCAACGAGACGACCACGAUCCAGUUACCGAGAUUGCUAGUGCCAUCGUGGUACCCGUUCAACCCUAGCCACGGCGUAGCGCACAUUCUCACGUUGAUAUUCCAACUGUACUGGGUAAUUUUCUGUAUGAUGGACGCGAAUCUGCUCGACGUGUUGUUCUGUUCCUGGCUGUUGUUCGCUUGCGAACAGAUACAGCAUUUGAAAAACAUCAUGAAACCUCUGAUGGAAUUCAGCGCUACCUUGGACACCGUCGUGCCGCACAGCGGAGAACUGUUCAAGUCUACCAGCGCGGAACGAGCGAGGGACGAUUUGCCGCCACCGCCUACGCCGCCGCCACCGGGCGAGAACAUGCUGGACAUGGAUCUACGAGGAGUCUACAGCAAUCGGACCGAUUUCACGGCCACCUUCCGACCCACCGCCGGGAUGAACUUCAACGGCGGCGUGGGUCCGAACGGGCUCACCAAGAAACAAGAAAUGCUGGUCCGAAGCGCGAUCAAAUAUUGGGUCGAGAGGCACAAGCACAUCGUCAGAUUGGUGACUGCGGUGGGUGACGCUUACGGCGUAGCGUUACUGUUACACAUGUUGACCACCACCAUCACGUUGACUCUACUCGCUUAUCAAGCGACCAAGAUACACGGAGUGGACACGUAUUCGGCGUCGGUGAUCGGCUACCUGCUCUACUCUUUGGGACAAGUAUUUUUGCUGUGCAUAUUUGGAAACCGUCUGAUCGAAGAGAGUUCGUCCGUGAUGGAAGCUGCGUAUUCGUGUCACUGGUACGACGGUUCGGAAGAGGCCAAGACCUUCGUGCAGAUCGUGUGCCAGCAGUGUCAGAAAGCAAUGUCGAUCUCAGGGGCAAAGUUCUUCACCGUGUCCCUGGAUCUGUUCGCUUCGGUACUGGGAGCCAUGGUCACCUACUUCAUGGUGCUGGUGCAGCUCAAGUAAACGUUCGAGAUCGCUCGUCUUGGGAGUCGACGUAAAACGGUGUAUGCAAACGUGCAUGAGAUCACUCGACGCGUACUCUUCGUGUCUUGUUAUCAUAUUUUAUAGAAGGUUUACACGUACGUAUAUGGGAUCGAAGCUGCGAAUUACAGACUCUGAACAGGGUAUCUUUCGCCUUUGACGAGUCAACCACAGGAACCGUCCACUUUUAUCACUCGCAACGAAGAAAAUCGAGUAACAAUAGAAUCUGUACGACGGUGAUUUGCUCAGUCGAAACGAAACAUAAAUUUGUCAGGAAUUAUUACCAAUUGUUCGAGGAACGAAUUAUUUUUCGCUACAUUUAUAGCUAACCAUGUAUAUACGUUCAAAUUGUUUCUACCCUUUAAGAGAAUUGCAACGAGCGAGACGAAUUCGAUUUGAGACUCAGAAUCUACUCGACUUUUUUAACCGUACUUUAAGAGGCGAGUCGAAAAAAAAACAUAAUGUAAGUAGCGAGUUGGGGACUCGGACUAGGUCUUAAAUAAGUCGCGCUUGCAACUUGCAACGAAUGGGAAACAUUACGCUGAAUAUAAUCUUGUACAGUAUACUGUGAUGUAAGCGCGAGGAUGUCUAAAAUAGUUUUUUACAGAUUUUUAACGGUGAACGUUCGCGUCGGUAUUUUUCGCACUCGAGAGAUUUCUCUCUUGGCGAAACGACGACGCUUGGUAAAAGGAUGUCGAACUGAUUAACAGUUCCACGCUAUGCCGGAAGUUCGCCUUACGAAUACCAAUCGAUUUUUAAUUUGCAAGUCGACAAUUAUUAUCGUACGCUGUAGUGUUCCGUGUAAAUACGAUCGAACGAAAUGGUAAACGCGACGACGCGAGUCCGACGAACGACCAUCGCAACGUUCCGUUGCUCUUUUUACGACAUUUCAUCCACUACUCGUGCACGGCAGUUCCUUUGAGCCGUUAAUUUUAUAAAUAAUGUACAUGAAUACCACACGAAUUUUUCAUAUCUCACCGACCAACCGAACGAGAACUAAUAAUAUUUUUCAAACGUAAGUCUGCAUAGUAAAUAGUUCGACGGACAGGCGUUGAAGAACGUGGCGUAAUUUUAAUUAACCAUAAUUUUGUAUUCGUAAUUACUGUUUACAUUAAAUACGAUCUCUAAAGAAAAAUCUCUGUUUUAGCCCGCAGGUAAUUAAUAAUUAUAGCAGGUCAGCAAUACCAACGCAAUGUUUAUUAUGUGCAUUUAAUUAGCAUGAACGUUAGUGCUGUAAUCAUAUUGUGAAUUGAAUCGUCAGUAUUACAAAUCGUUUCUCUCUAUGUAAACUACAAUAUAUUUGUCUUACAAAAUGUUUCA